AUGAAGGAAUAUGCUCUGAUGCACAACCUGUCCAAAGAUCUGAAUACUGUAAGCGGGAAAGGAAAGAGCAAUGGCGAGACAGAAAUUGGAUGGACGACUGCAACAACUACUGAUCCAGAAGAUGAGUUUCACUUUGUUAGUACGACACCCAGUAUCAACAUCAACAAUCAUCAUCCAUUGCUUGAAGAAAUCAUUUAUGAGACUUUGCUGAAGAAGGAUUUCCUUGGUCAGGAACAGUUUUUUACCAGUAAAGUGGGAAUGAGAAUUGGCCCCACCUUUCCUGCCACUCAGUCACAGGAACCUCAGGAUCCCUUGGUUAAUCAGAUAGUCACCAAUGACACUCCAGGUUUUUCUGAUAUAACCGCUACUACAGUGGCCUCAACCUCUCCAAUGACAACUUUGGGCACAACUGCUUCCUUGGCCACAGAUGCGGCUCCUUUGGCUGGCAAUACUGGUGUAAUGCAUGGAGAAAAAGCUCCCCCAAUCGUGCAAACGGCCGCCACUACAGACUCUCUAACAACACCUGUUGUGAGCACAGCUACACCCGAGAUUCCAGGAACUGCGUUCCAAAAUAGUAAUACUGCAUUUGUUCAAACUGAACCCGGCAACCCCUCAGUUGCACCAGAAGCCCCUCUGAGCAAGUCCAAUAUCUUUCGGCAUUUCAGUCAUCAAGGGGCAGCUGCCAUGGUGACUAGUGAUACCCCAACAGAAAUUACCACAACAGUCGGAGCAGGCAUGCAUCAAAUGCGAGGACCAAGUUCUGAGCAACAUGACAAUCUUGCUGUAGAUCCAACCGUCACGUCAGCUGCUAGUGAGACUGAUGAGGAAACUACGACUACAACCAUCAUUACAACAACUAUAAUUACAACUGUGCAGACACCAGUUCCUUGCAGUUUAAAUUUCACAGACUUUGAGGGAUACAUUGAGUCUCCAGAAUACCCCAGUCACCUGUACUACAGCAACUUGGAUUGCAUCUAUACUAUUACAGUCUACAGAGGAUAUGGAGUGGAACUUCAGGUCAAAAAUAUCAGCCUGUCUGAAGGAGAGAUGCUAACAAUUGAAGGGCUCGAUGGAGAUGAACCAACUGUCCUUGCCAACGAGUCAAUUUUAAUGAAGGGGCAAGUGAUACGCAGUGCAAGCAAUCAAGUUUCUAUCCACUUCCAAAGCAUUCAACUUGGAAAUCCAGGCUCAUUCCAAUUCCAUUAUCAAGCUUAUUUGCUGAGUUGUGGAUUUCCACAGAAACCUUCUUCCGGCGACGUGUCUGUCACCAGCCUCCAUCCCGGUGGAGUGGCAAGCUUCUACUGCAACUCAGGUUACCGGCUGCAAGGUUUCCCUUCUCUCACCUGUGUCAAUGGCAGCAGACCCCACUGGAGUGAUGAGGAACCAGAGUGCAUUGCUACCUGUGGAGGGUUGAUUAGAAAUGCAACUGUCGGCCGCAUCACCUCACCCAACUUUCCGGGUAACUAUAGCAACAACCUGACCUGCUACUGGUUGAUUGAAGCUCCUGAUGGACAGAAGUUGCACCUGCACUUUGAAAAGGUUGCCUUGGCUGAAGACGAUGACAGGCUCAUAAUUCGGAAUGGGAACAGUAUUGACGCUCCUCCAGUUUAUGACUCCUAUGAAGUGGAAUAUCUGCCCAUUGAAGGCAUUGUCAGUGAAUCUCAACAUUUCUUCAUUGAACUGACCACUGACAGCUCUGGUACAUCAACUGGGUUGGCUUUAAGAUACGAAGCCUUUGAACAGGGUCAUUGCUAUGAGCCAUUCAUCAAGUAUGGAAAUUUCACAACGGGUGAUGCAUCAUAUCAAGUGGGAACUGUGGCUGAGUUUUCGUGUGAUCCAGGGUACACGCUGGAACAAGGGUCAGUGAUCAUCGAGUGUGUGGACGUCCGGGACCCCCAGUGGAAUGAGACUGAGCCAGCCUGCAGAGCUGUCUGCAGUGGGGAGAUUACAGACUCUGCCGGAGUUGUGCUGUCUCCGAAUUGGCCUGAAGCCUACGACAAGGGUCAGGACUGCAUUUGGGGGAUACACGUGGAGGAAGACAAACGGGUCAUGCUAGAACUCCAAAUAUUAAACAUGGGGAAGAAUGAUGUUCUCACUUUUUACGAUGGAGAUGAUCUAACAGCAAGAAUAUUGGGCCAGUAUUCAGGGAGCCAUCAUCCGUUCAAACUGUACACAACCAUGGCAGAUGUCACCAUCCAGUUCCAAUCUGAUCCAGCAAGCAAUGUGUUUGGAUAUCAACAGGGAUUUGUCAUUCAUUUCUAUGAGGUUUUGAGAAACGAUACCUGCCCAGAAGUGCCAGAAAUUCCGAAUGGUUGGAAAACAACUUCCCAUCCCGAAUUAGUCCAUGGAACUGUGGUGACAUACCAGUGCUACCCAGGAUUCGAACUCAUAGGCACGGACAUCCUUAUGUGCCAGUGGGAUUUGUCAUGGAAUGGGGAUCCCCCAGCAUGUGAGAAGAUUAUAUUCUGCAGUGACCCCGGUGACAUCGAUCACAGCCGCAGGAUUAUUGUGGAUCCCAAGUUUUCAAUUGGAUCCACAGUUCAGUACAUUUGUAACAAAGGCUACACAUUGGCUGGGAGCAAUAUACUGACCUGUUAUAACAGGCAAUCUGGGAACCCUAAAUGGAGUGACAGGAUUCCUAAGUGUAUUCCGGAGGUGUUUGAGCCUUGUCACAACCCUGGAGUGCCUGACAAUGGUUACCUGACCACAGAGAAGAGGUUGUACCAAGCAGGGGAGGCCUUGAGGUUUGCCUGUUAUGAUGGCUAUGAGCUAAUAGGGGAAGCCAGCAUCAAGUGCAUUCCAGGACACCCCUCAGAGUGGAGCAGUCCACCUCCAUUCUGCAAAGUUACUUAUGACAAGUACUUCAACGAACGUAGACUUGAAGUGGCCAAGCCUGCAGCCUCUCUGAAGCAGAUGCAGGGAAGUAAUAUUGCCAUCGCAGUGUUUAUUCCGGUGAUUAUCGUAGCCCUUCUCAUUGGUGGGAUCUAUUUCUACGUCACCAAGUACCAGGGAAAGUCCACACUAAGGCUGCCACUGGCCGGUCCUCACCCCUACAACCACAUCACCGUGGAAUCAGCAUUCGACAAUCCCAUAUAUGAGACAGGAGUAAGUAAUGAGCCCCUCCAGCUGAGGGAUUUGGAUCCUGAAAGUGCGCCUGCCCUUACCUGA